AUGUCCUUCUAUCUUUUCUUUCCCCCUGGCGCCGACGCUCCUCCGAUCGCCGUCUACCACUUCGAGCACAACGUCACUUGGGUCGCGAUAGGUGGAGACUACGACGCCCUCCUCAGGAGCCCCCGCUACGAACGCUUCCAGAUCCCUUCGUUGCGCCAGGACCGGCUAGGACCACAGUGGCUCCUCCUUCCGUUCGUCUGGUGUCCGUACGCCCCGACCACGAUUCUCUCGGACAAGGACCCGGUCGCGCCCGUCCUAUGGAAGCCAGACGUCAUGGAGCUGCAGUUCGACGAAGGCGCCUGUCGGGUCAAGCCGGAAAGGGCGGGAAGAAUGCUCGAAUGCGCGAAGACCUUCGCAGAGAUCGGCGAGCGCCUCCGGACCAACACCCCCCUUCCCUUCUUCCUCAAGGACGGCGUGCGCAUACGACCGUCCAACUUCGAUUUCCGACGCAUCGAGGAGGAGGGAAGGCCGGGUCAGAUCAUCGACCGCGUUCACGACUUCUGCGUGGCGGCACUCGAUCACAUCUCGUUCGUCGCAUGGUACACGCUCUCUUUUAAAGGAUACGAGGAUGCGCUCAGCCCGCCGCAACUCGAGGUGGUGAAGCUCUGCCAGUUCGAUAAGCGCCCGAAAAGGGGUUGCCUCCUCAACUUCCUGGUCGACUACACGACCGUCAACCUCGAGCAGUGGAUACGGCAUCGAGUCCCGGUCUACUACCUCUUCACGGAGGCCAUGUCGUACGUCGACCGGUUCGUGCGCGUGCGGCCCGACGUUCUCCUAGACUACCGCGAACGGGCAGUGGCGGGCGCUACCAGUGAGGAACUGAUCGAACACUACCGCGUCAACGAGCCCGCGGUCCUCGCCUACGACGACUUCUUCCAGAUACGCCGUCCGUUGGCGCAGUCUAUCCUCACCGACUCGCCCAUCCCCAUUUACGACCCGAAGACCGCCUACUCGGUCCAGGUCUGUCAAGGCUACCGGCCAUACGCCGCUCGCAAUCCCCCUCUCAUCAAGUUACUGCUGCCGCGCUACGAGGCCGUCUCGCGUGGGGGGCAGUUCCCUCGAGUGGACAUCGCCAGGUGGGCACCGAGGGCCAUCGAUGGGGGCGCGGCAGGAGACGUGUUCCUUAUGGACAGAGGCCUGGACGACCCGACCACGACAGACGACCUCUUCGACGAGCACACGUUCGAUAUCAACUCGGGCUGGAUCAACAACAACUACCUCACCUUACGCGAGCUCUUCAAGCCGGCCUUCGCCCCCAGGCCGGGCGAGUCGUACUCGCUGGAUGGAAGUAGGGUCGUCUUCCCCGCACAGGCGGACGACUGGCUCAAGGAGUACGAGAGGGAGCUGGUGGCUAGAGCGGUGCACGAAGGGAAGCCUCGCCCGCGCGAGUACCAGGAGUAUCAUGACUGGGAGGUAGGAUGGGGCGGAGAGAUCGAGUGGGUCUACGAGGAAGUCAUCAGCGGGCUGACGGAGAGCUCGGGAACGGGUCGGGCAAGGGGAUCGACGGGCGCGACCGAGGAUGUCGAGAUGAGCGAGACCAGCGGCUCGGAAGAGGAGGAGGAAUACUCGACGGCUCCCGCGACGCGCCCUCCUCUCGAACAACGCAUCACUGACCCCGUCACAGGAGAGUCCGCCGCCGCUUGGCGACAGCCCUUGUCGGAGCGCAUCGCCGCGCGGGAAUCGAUCACGGUUCGACGGGGGCGGCAGACCCGCUGGGAGGAGGAGAGCGAGUGCGGCUCCAGCACUCCGGCCAGCAGCGUCGCCUCAUCAGGUCGCGUGUGGCAGGGUACGAGGAGGAGCGCCUCGCCCGUGCGAAGCUCGCGCCUGGCGGACCCCGGACGCGUCUCCAGCAAGCUCUACUCGCCAGACAGCAAGCGCUGGGAGGCGCUGUUGGAGGCCUUCAACCCGCAGCUAGAGGAACUGGGGCAAGUCUUGACUGCUCCGCGAGGCACGUACGUACGCGACGACGUCCGGCGCCCUCGAUUGGACUGGGAUAAGGACUUCGUCGAGAAGGGAUUCCUACAAGUCCACCGCUGGCAAGACCGAGUCAGACUCAUACUCUACGCCCUGUUCCACCGCUCCCUCCGGACGCCGAUCCACUUCCUCGAUUUCGUCCUCGAGAAGGGCAUGAAGGUCACCUACCUCAUCGCGAGGGACCCCAUACCGACGAUGGCGCAAGCCGGCUCGCGGGAGGAGCCCUCGACCACCCUCUUCACCCCUCUCGCCGGCUCCAGUCCGACGGAGGUCUUCAGGUUGUGGGAAGCGAUCCUCAGCGGGCCAAUGUGGGCGAAGACGCACUUCCCCGCGUUCUUGCAGGAAGGGGGCACGAUCAGCUACGUUGUGCGCCACUACGCGAGGAGGUACCUGGACGUCGCGGGCGCGGGCGUGAGCGCCGAGACUCGAGUCUACGCACGCAACAGUCGGCCGCUACCGGCUGGCAAGUUCGGCAGCGACUACUUCGUGGUCAGCGACCAGGCCGGGGAAACGGAACUCGCCGUCAUCGGCGGUCGCGUCGCGAACCAGCGCGACGAGCUCAACCCCUACUAUGUGGUGCCUCCGACGGCCACGUUCGACUCGAAGGGAUGGGACAUCGGCACCGGCGAAUGGUUGACGGCGGAGGAGGAGUACCUGAACGAGGUCAUCCAGCGCUGGCGCACGGGGCGCGAGACUAUCCUCCGUACGCAGGCGCAGUGGAAUCGCCACGCCAGCGACUGGGCUCACCAUUACAAGCAACGCCGGCCCCAGGAAGCGCGCAAGGAGGCUCUCCCGAUGGAGAGCGAGUGCGAGCAGUGGUGCGCAAAGCUGGAGGAGGCCUACGGCAUCUCGCUGGAGUACCGCAAGAUCUCUGACCUCGCGAAGCCGUUGACGAUCAAGAGCCUUCGCCAGUUUCGCUGA